AUGUCUGUGACAUUAAACGACCACUUUUCAGAUAGUGCGAAAGCUGAUGAUGUGGCAAAAUACGUGGAGGAUGAGGACUAUUAUCAUGGGCUUUUACCGAGAGAGGAUAUCGCAUGCAUUCUUGAAAAGGUUGGUGAUUUCAUAAUCCGAGCAACACAACCGAGGCCGACUGAUCCACGAGAAAUUGUCGUUUCAGUAAGAGUCAAACCUAACGAAGAUGAUCCGGUUACGAUUCCAUUGAUGCCAUCAGAUUGUUGCAUUCGAUUUUAUAAGACUCUUUGUGAACUGAAGAUUCGACAUAUUGUAAUAAGAAGACGUAUGAAAGAAGACGGUUCGCUGGAAUGGCGUGCGAUUGAAGAUGAGUGUUAUUCAUCAGUGCGAGAACUUAUCGAUAAUUAUAUGGCAUCAGGACGGCCACUUAAUCCUGAGGUCAAAUCAUCUGUAUUAAUUCGUUCAAUUAAAAGGAAACCAUGGGAAUUUUUGCAUGAAGAUAUAAAAUUAAAUGAUUUACUUGGUGAAGGGCAAUAUGGUGAGGUUCGUGCAGGUGAAGCGCUUGUGAAUGGUAGAAAAUUAUCGGUGGCUGUUAAAGUUGCAAAAGUAGUGAAAGAAGAAUCACAAUUGGCGAAAGCAAAAGAGAAAAUCAAAGAGAUGAUGCAUGAAGCACGU